CUCGUCUCGCCAAGUCGCCAGUCGUCAGGUUAUUGUUUACAUCCACAUGGUUCACGUGUGUGCAUUCAUCUUUGCUUUGAACUUACUCUACGAUUAAACAAUUCAUUUGGUUUGAUCUAUUUCCCUGGACUUAAUAAGUGGUCAUAAUGUCGUCUUGGAAAAAUGCAUCGAAGGCGAAUCAGCGAACGCACAGGGAACGACAUCAGCCUGCUGAACGACAGCACCUUGGCAUUUUAGAAAAGAAGAAAGACUACAAGAAAAGAGCGUCUGAUUUUCAUGAAAAACAGGCCACUUUGAAGGCGCUCCGGAAGAAAGCUUUGGAUCGUAAUCCAGAUGAGUUUUACCACCACAUGAUCAACUCUAAGCUGGACGAUGAGAAGGGUUUUGUUCACGUUGAGGUUGAAAAGCCACUGGAUGACGUGAAUUUAGCUGUUCAAGAAAAGAUUAUGAACUCGCAAGAUUCUCGAUAUGUUUGCUUGAAAAGGGUUGCUGAGCGAAACAAGCUGAAGAGACUUCAGUCUGAACUUCACAUGAUUGACGUUGCUGAAAAAACCAAAAACAGACACCUUUUCUUCAUUGAGAAAAGGAAGGACGCGCAUUGCUUUGACUUGGCCGCCAAACUUGAUACCCAUCCAGAUUUGAUCAACCGAAAAACCAACAGACCAAAAUUGAGUGACCUGAAGUCAAAGAAGCUGCCAGUGGUCGGUGUGAAUGACGCAUUGGUUUUGGCCAAAGAGAGGCAGAAGCGAUACCAGGAACUCUCCAGGAGAGCUGAAAGGGAGCGUCAGCUGAGUGUGGUGGAACAAAAACUGUUGAUUAAAGCCCAGCUUUUAAAGUCUGGCGACAACAAGCCUGUGAAAAUUGCCGGGGGAACUAGCACGUCGGCGCCAAUUUAUAAAUGGAAGUAUGAGCGGAAGAGAUAAAAGGGCAAUAAAGGUGGAUUAAAAACA